UACUGGAAGAAGGCAAACGACCACCAUAUGGACCUAUAUAUGGAUUAUCUCAAAUUGAGUUAAAAGCACUACGAGAAUAUCUUGAUGAAAAUCUACCCAAAGGAUUUAUUCGAGCCAGUGAAUCACCAGCGGGAGCACCCAUACUAUUUGUAAAGAAAAGCGAUGGAACCCUUCGACUCUGUGUUGACUAUCGAGGCCUAAAUGCGAUUACAAUCAAAAAUCGAUAUCCAUUACCAUUGUUGAAAGAAACCCUGGCUAAGUUGUCAAGAGCACAAUACUAUACUAAAUUGGAUUUACGAUGGGGAUAUAAUCAAAUCAGGAUAGCGGAGGGAGAUGAAUGGAAAACGGCAUUUCGAACUCGAUAUGGACAUUUCGAAUAUACAGUAAUGCCAUUUGGAUUGGCUAAUGCCCCUGCAACAUUUCAACAUUGGAUCAAUGAUAUUUUACGUCCCUAUCUCGACCAAUUUGUAACGGCAUACUUAGACGAUAUCCUUAUCUAUUCCGAAACUCUACCAGAACAUAAAGAACACAUUCAAAAGGUUCUAAAGGUACUUGAUGAGAAUCAUGUUCACCUUAAACCUGAAAAAUGUGAAUUUAUGGUUCAGGAAACGAAAUAUCUCGGUUUAAUUCUUACUCCGAAUGGAAAUAGAAUGGACCCAAAGAAGGUUAUUGAUGUUUUGGAAUGGACCACACCGACAAAUCUUCGUGAUGUUCAAGUAUUUCUAGGAUUUGCAAAUUUCUAUCGGCGAUUUAUUUUAGGAUAUUCGAAAAUUGUUGCUCCACUUACAGCCUUGACGAAGAAGAAUGUUAAAUUUGAUUGGACGGAUGAAAGGGAGGAAGCAUUUCAAACUUUGAAAAAGAUGUUUACAACGGCGCCAAUCCUAGCUCAUUUUAAUCCGGAUCGAAAAAUUGUGAUAGAAACCGAUGCAUCCGACUAUGUUUCAGCAGGAAUCCUAUCUCAACGUGACAACGAAGGAAUCCUACAUCCAGUUGCUUUCUUUUCUAAGAAACAUUCUCCUGCAGAAUGCAACUACGAAAUCUAUGACAAAGAACUUUUAGCAGUUAUACGAUGUUUCGAAGAAUGGCGACAUCACCUGGAGGGAGCUCAAUUUCCAAUUGAAGUUCUUAGCGACCAUCAAAAUCUUGAAUAUUUUAUGACAACAAAAUUGUUAAAUCGUCGACAAGCCCGUUGGUCUGAAUUUCUUUCACGCUUCGAUUUCGUUAUACAAUUUCGACCAGGAAAACAAGGAACAAAACCAGAUGCAUUGACUAGGAGGUCAGGUGACCUACCUAAAGAGGGGGAUGAACGGUUGACGCAUCAGAGUCAAGUGAUUCUGAAGCGAAAAAAUUUGGAUACUAAGCUAAGUUUGUUCGCGGGUUCUUUGUCAAAUGAAUCCGCUGAAGGAGCGUCCACUGUAGAGGAGUUAUUUUCAAAAGCUUACCAAGUGGAUAAUUUCCCAAAUAAGAUCCUCGCUAUGCUCCGGAAUGGCGUUCGUCACUCGAAUAAGAUUUCACUCGCCGAAUGUGCAGAAGAUAACAACGGUCGGCUACUUUAUCGAGGCAUGCUAUAUGUACCAGACGACGAUGACCUUCGACUAAGGCUUUUAAAAGAACACCAUGACAAACCAUCUGCAGGACAUCCGGGUAGAGCGAAGACUCUGGAGCUCCUAAGUCGAGAAUAUUACUGGCCACAGAUGCGAAAGUUCGUCGAUCAAUAUAUCAGGAAUUGCAAUGUGUGCAUCCGUAGUAAGGCAUCACACAAUGCACCUUAUGGAGUACUUCGCCCCAUGCCAAUCCCCGAUGGGCCCUGGACAGACGUCUCGAUGGAUUUUGUGACUGAUCUUCCUGAGAGUGAUGGGUAUAAUGCGAUUUUGGUCGUGGUAGAUAGACUAACCAAGAUGCGGCAUCUGAUACCGACGACAAAGGAGGCGGAUUCACGGGAAGUAGCAAGGCUAUAUAUUGAUAACGUCUGGAAACUACAUGGAUUACCCGAUACUAUGGUACCCGAUCGAGGAACACAGUUCGUCGCGGAAUUCUGGAGGUCCCUUUGUGAUCGAUUGGAAAUCUCGCCAAAGUUCUCUACUGCAUUCCACCCCCAAACAGAUGGACAGACAGAAAGGAUUAAUGCCAUAAUGGAACAAUACCUCCGAAGCUAUGUUUCCUAUCAACAAGACGACUGGGUCCGAUGGCUACCGAUGGCUGAAUUUGCAACCAACAACCACGUUUCCGAAACAACAAAAGUUUCCCCCUUUUAUGCUAAUUCGGGAAGGAAUCCUAGGAUAACAUUUGGGCCUUUGGUGUAA